GUACCUCCCAUUCCCGGAAAAAAAAAUGCGGAUCUGAAUCUUUGCUGAGUCUCGGGGAGAAAAAUGCACCUUAAUAGAACGACUGAAAAAGAAGGGAAGUGACUGUUGAGGGUGGAGCUGCUUAUUUCCCACCUCUUGCAGGAGGGUGGGAGUCAUGUGAAGGGACGAAGGCUGGCACCAUUGUAGUAUUUUUUUUUCCUGUUUCAUGUGUAUCAUUGGCUGGGGAGUCCUAAAGAUUUAGCGCCCGUCUCUGGCCUUGGCGGGAUACGAGACAGUGUUAUGUACAAUGGAUACAGCCAUCUUGUGGUUCAAGAACCUGUUUACCAGAAAGGAGACAGAAGAAAGCAAAUCGAUUAUUCAGAAAAAUUCAUACGCUGAGAAUGAAGCACCCCGUUAUGCCAGCAUUAAUGGAGCAGGUGCUUCUGAGGUGUCUUGUGUUCCUUGUGGUAAUCACACCAAUCAAGGUUUUGUCACUUGUCCUACUUGCCAAGGCACUGGAAGAAUCCCCAGAGAGCAGGAGCAACAGUUAGUGGCCCUCAUUCCAUAUGGAGAUCAGCGGCUAAAGCCUAGACGGACGAAGCUGUAUGUGUUUCUCACAGUAGCCAUUUGCCUGCUGACAACUUGUCUCAUGAUGUACUUCCUGUUCCCACGUUCAAUUGCGGUACUCCCCUCAGGUCUCAAUGCCUCCACCAUCUCUUUUGACAAUUCUACUUCCAGCAUCAUCCUGAAUAUGACUAACAUAUUAAAUGUGACAAACAACAAUUUUUAUCCUGUGUAUGUGGCUGAGCUUGGCAUUGAGGUCUUGCAUAAAACGGUGGUGAUUGGGAAAAAAACUUUGAUGACUCACUUGGAUAUCAGGCCUUUGCAGAGUGCCCAGAUCCUUUACAGUGUCUCGAGUACAAUCAUGGAUACCAACACUUACAAAAUUUGCACAUGGAUCAAAAUAAAGGUUCACAACGUUCUUUUGCAUAUACAAGGUACACUGACUUGUUCCUAUCUCUCUCAUUCGGAGCAACUCUCCUUUGAAAAGUAUCAGUAUGUGGAUUGCAGAGAUGGUGUCCUACUGUCUUGAUUCUAAAGUCUCUCAUGGCUACAGUAGAGUCCUGGAGGAGCUUCUUUUGGCUGUGUCUUCAGUCCCCUUCAGUGAAAUUGCAGUAGCAUCUGGGGACUUGUAGUGUGGGAAGAAACUGAAGUUUUGAUUCUUUAUUGUCAGUUCUACAAAACAGGGAGAUGGCUAUGGUACCACAUUCCUUUUAAGAUAGCAUAUGAUGAUGCUAAUGGACUAGCAAUAUUCUAAAAACAGAACGGCACCUGACUGCAGAAAACAGAAUGCAAGAAGAACAUGCUAACAUGAGUCAGUUAUGCUUCAUAUUAGAAUUUGAAUGGACUUAGGCUGCAUGGAUCACCAAGUGGCUGCUGAAUUUGCCCUGAUAUCAUUUAUUUCUUUUGGAGGUUACUGUCUGGAACCGGGAUCUGUAAAUACAAUGAAAUUUACCACUGUAAAUUUUAUUGGAGGGCUGGGAGCUGAUCUGACGCAUUCUCCUUUUCCCAGAACUAUCUUCUCCCAUUCCAAUAUAGGAGAAGGAAAACUUGAACUUUUUGAAGGUGGCAUUACCAUUAAAUUAAGGUUUUACUUCUUCUCCCACUAGAUUUUCCCCUGUUCAUUAGUUCUUAAUUCAGAGCUAGUUCAUUAGUUCUUUUAUAAGUUGUAGGAAAAAGAAAAGGCUUAUGAAGCCAAAAUAAUUGCUCUGUUCAAAUGCUGCUUUUCUAAAUGCGGAACAACUUGCCUCCAGAAGUUGUGAAUGCUCCAACACUGGAAGUUUUUAAGAAGAUGUUGGAUAACCAUUUGUCUGAAGUGGUGUAGGGUUUCCUACCUUGGCAGGGGGUUGGACUAGAAGAUCUCCAAGGUCCCUUCCAACUCUGUUAUUCUAUUCUAGUCUAAAUCUAUUUCUACUAUAGCUUUAUUUUGUUUUUUUCCCCUAAACUUUAACUUUUUAAAAGCAUAGAAUACAAAAAAGCAAAGAAAACAUUAAAAGGUUUACUCACUAUUGGAGCUAAGAGAUGAAUAAAAUCCUGAAGAUAUUUUCUCUUGGAGGAGUAUGACAAUUCAUAUACAAAAAACUGUCUGUAAAAAAUGAUUAUGCCUCGAUAGAAUUGCUGGCCGUUAAAAUUAGGUAGGUUUGAAGCAAAUUAUGCAAUGCUACCUGGUGAUAAUAUAUGGUAGGGAAGACAGGUGGAUAAGAAAAACCGGUCACUGGAAAAGGCAGUUAUUUACCCAUCUUUUUAAAGAAAUACUUGUACAAUACUUCCUAAAUUCUUUCAAGUUUGGUUUCAUUUGAUAUUCAAACUAUUUAUUAUAGCAGUGUAGAGCAGAGGUCUCCAACCUGGGC